AUGAAAGCUUUUAAAGACACUGGACAGACACUCGUGGAGCCCAGGACAAUUCACCAAAUUCGAAUCCCACUCACCAGAAGCAAUGCCAAGUCGGUGGAGGUGUGUGCCAACUUUAUCAGAGACACGAAGGAGGGGUCUGUUUGUGAAGCACCAGUGCACAUGCCAAAAAAAACGCUCAGCAUCACUACAAGGAAGACACUGUGUGUCGAAGGUUCUAAGAAGUGGCGUCAUUUCCAGAUGGACUCCCACAAGCGACACCUCAGCUUAUGUAGUCCUUCUGAAAUUGUUAAAGAGGCUACUGCCACCAGUAUUGAGCCAGGAGUGGAGGCUGAAGUCACUGUUGUAGAUGCCCAAGUCAAACUGGUUUAA